AUGAGUCAGAAGUUUGGCCCCUACCAAGUCGGUGAGACAAUCGGCCGAGGCACGUUUGGCAAAGUCAAGUUGGCUGUUCAUGAGCCUACGCGUAAGAAGGUGGCACUAAAAAUUAUUUCCCGAAAAUUAAUGGAACAGGAUGCACGUUCCAACAUCAAGAUCACGCGAGAAAUUAAGAUCCUCAAGGUGCUUCGACACCCAAAUGUUAUGCGGCUUUACGACGUGGUACAGACCACGCACGAUAUUGUGCUGAUCUUGGAAUACGUCUCUGGUGGAGAGCUUUUUGACUAUAUUUGUCGCAACGGACGGUUGACGGAGGAUGUUGCACGUGGCAUUUUUCAGCAGAUUGUGGCCGGUGUGGCGUACUGUCAUCGAUACCACGUGGCGCAUCGGGACCUUAAGCCAGAGAACAUCAUGAUGGAGCAGGGGUCGACAAGAAUCAAAAUCUGUGAUUUUGGAUUGUCAUCUGUCUUUCGGGAUGGCUGCUUCUUGGCUACAAGCUGUGGAACACCGAACUACGCCUCGCCAGAGGUGGUGAGCGGAAAACUUUACGGCGGUCCGGAGACGGAUGUAUGGAGCUGUGGUGUGGUUCUCUACACUAUGGUUGUGGGGGCCCUCCCCUUUGAUGACAGCAACGUAGGGAACCUCUUUAAAAAAAUCCAGACGGCGACCUAUCAUGUACCCAACACCCUCUCGGCUGGGCUGGCAGACCUUUUGAGGCGCAUGUUGGUAGUAAACCCAUUGGAGCGGGCCACGAUGGAGCAAGUGAUGCGUCAUCCGUGGGUUUUUCCCGCGUACCCGCCCUAUCUGCUUGCCCUCCACUACGAGACCAUUCUUGAGACCGUGACAUUUGGGAAGAUGGCACUGACAAGAGAGGAAGCAUUGGAUGAAAAGAUUCUUGAGAUCGUGGCUGCACGCUUUCACAUCUCCGUGCCGGAAGUGGCUGCUAUUAUUGCCUCAAAAGAGAGAAAAAAGUCCCCGUUGUUUAGCAUCCAGGAGACUACGCAUGAAAAGGGAGCGAGUGGGAAGUCUUACCCUGCUCUGGAGUUUUUUGAAAAAGCUGUAAACGUAGUAGAUGCAAAGUUAUGGCCAGCGCCCCUGGUUAUACCGCCCGCAGAGCAAGCGCUUCGUGAUGACGAACAUAAUUUACACGUGUCAUACCUUAUUCUGCUACACAACAAACAGGAUAGUCUCUUCCUAGAGAACUUAUCGAAAGUUGGAUCGAGCUGCGAUGCAGCGAACUCCCUUAUUUUAACGCUGUCAGCCAGUCAGGGAUACGGUUCUCUCAAUGCAAACUCUUUACAUCAAAUAUCCAUGGGAAUGAGUGCCGUCUCUAGGAGCCUCCAACAGGCACAGCAAAAAGGUGCUCCGCAAACGUUACGUGUAAACAAGGUGGGUGGUAUCACUUUUUGUGGUUCCUUGCCCGCACAUGUACAGUCAGAAAACCAGCUAACAGAAGAAGUCGAUUUAUACAUGAAAGGCUACAAUGAUGUUGUAGAAGCUUUUAUUCCGCUUUGCUGUGUCCGCUCGAAACACACCCUUCUUGGAAAGUUGCUGGGGGUAGUUGAACGCCCUAUGAGUGCGAAGGAACCAACUCAAUCCCACUCACAAACCCCACCUAGCAAAUCAAAAGGUGGGGGAACUCUCCUACAGCCCCUUCUUAAACCAAUGAUAAAUGAGGGUAGUACGAGUCCUGCGUCCAUGUCGAAUGAGGGAGCGCUACUUGUACCCGCUUCCAGGGGCAAAAAAACGAAAGGCAACACCAGCGGGAAAGGUAACGUAACCCCCCAUAACUGUGAGGGUGGCAUUUCCUUUUCAUCGUCCAUGACACCAGAUGUCUUCCAAUGUGGUACAGUGACUCGUUUUGGAAAUGAAUUUAUUCGAAACGGGGUGCUGUUCUCCCAAAGUGGCUGGGUGACGACGCUGCAUUACGUUUACAAUGCCAUGGAAGAAGAGGGUUUCUUAUGGAAGACCACCCAGCCCUUUUCUUUUGUCGCCGUGGUUCACCCAUCUGUGAAACUGCAGUUAAAGAUUUACAAGGUCAAUGCAGAGGAGCAGAUUGUCGAUGUAAAGGUGUCCUCUCAGAGUGGUAUGCAUGCGUGCGACAAGGCCAUGAGUCUUUUGGACCGUCUGCGGAGGAAGGCUGUUUUACACACGGAGAGAAAAUUGAAGGAGAACAUGGCCAUGCUUGAACAGGGCGGUGCUUCCUCUCUUGGACCAGACGAAUGA